AUGCUUUGGGGUUUGGUUAAGCAUAACCAGUACGAAAAGGAAAGACUAGAAAUUAAAUACGGUACUGAACUAGAAGAGAGGAAAAGGAAACAAACGGAACGGGAAAAUCGACAAAAGCAGAAAGAGGAAUUGGAGAUUGAAGCUUUAAAAGGAUUUAACGCUCAAGGAAAAGGCAAGGUACUUGAUCCAAACAAAAUGGAUCCGCCAUUAGGAAUAAGAGGAGAAAACACGCAAGGUCCGGGGCAUUUGGUUUUUCCAUCUAUAAUCAAAAAACAAUUUUUUGCUAUACUUGAAGAUAUUGAUGAUUUAAUUAAUGCUGGAAUGGUCUAUACUCACAAAGACGACUUUGAUCCUGAUGAUAAUUAUGCCGAUAAGUUCGUCCGUCGUAAUACUGUGCUUUACGGGGCACCGGGAACCGGAAAGUCAGAAUUUGUCCGGCAAAUGGUUUUCGAGAUUGCCGCUAAAUACGAACCCACUGAGAAAAAGAAAAUCGCUGAACUAGAAAAAGAACUGGCGAAUAAACGGGAGCAAUCCAUUGUCGAAACAGGAGACGAAAACUUAAAAGCCGAAAUUGAGGAACUAAAAAAUAAAAUUUCAGAAUUAGAACAAGCAUUAGCCCAACAAGAAGACAAAACCGUACCAAUUUUCCAAAUCGAUGGCUUUCAUUUACAAACAGCGGGCAAAGCUCUCAGCGAUAAAGGCUUAGAAAGCCACGAAAAAUUAAUCGCUAUCCUCCGAGAACUAAAAAAAGAAGUUUUUGGCGAUCCAUACAAUAAAGCCGGUUUAAGAAACAAUGUGCAAGACCCUAACAGUUGCUUAAUUAUUGCUACUAAUAAUUAUGAAAAUUUAGAUCCAGCAUUAGUUCGCCGCGGCCGAUUAGGCAAAAAACUUAAUUUUAGUUGGACGCCCGAAAUUUUAAAAGAAUAUGGCGAAGCCGGUGGGCAAAAGUUCACUAAUGAAAAAGGCAAUCAUAAUUACGAAGAGUUAUAUAAAAUGGCAAGUAAGUUCGGGUUUGCCUCUUUUAAAAAAGAAUUCGCCGACCAUGCUGGCAAAAUUAUUCAGUCCUACCAAAACUUAGAGGCGAACAAAAAAACCAAGAAGCAAAACGAGUUAGGAACCUUUAAAAACGAAAAUGACCAAGAUAAUCGCGAUGCUUUAAAAGGAAUUGAACAACUCCAAAGAUAUGAUUUCGGCCAUCAAUACCGUUUAGAAGAAAAACUACGAGAAAUUAACAGUUGUAUCAGCAAUGCCAUUAUUAACAUGAGUAAAAUCAUUAAUGACCGCUUAACAGACAUUCGAGCGGAAAUCCAUGCUCAAUUUGAAGAAAUAGCCGCUUUAAGGCAAGACAUUGGCAAUAUGCGCAACACUAUCCAAACCAUGGAUCGAGAGAUUGAUAAUAUUCGCAAUCAUUUAGAAAGAACCGUUGACCAAAUUAAUAAUACGAUUAGGAAUGCCCAAAUAGAUAUUAUUAGCCAGGUAGAUAAUCGCUUUUACAAUAUGAAUAGUUCAGUAAACAAUUUGAGAAACCAAGUAGAAAAUCAAUUACAAAGUUUAGGUAGCAGAAUUAAUGAGAAUGUAAGUAGCUUUAAUCGAUCUUUAAAUAAUUUAAGUGAUACUAUGAGCAAUUUGCCCUAUCAAGAAAGUUAUACUCCCCCUUCAAGUAGCUUUGGGGUUGGUUUAGAUGUAAGUAGUGUAGUAGAGCAGACUAUUCAAAGGAUUAAGAGUAGAUUGGGCUAA